GCUCCAGUUGAUUCUAUGCAGUCGCCCAUGGUAGAGGCUUCAGCUCCAGCUCCAGUUGAGCCUACUGAUCGAGUUCCUACUCCGCCGUCUCCCAUGGUUGAGGUACCUCGCCCUGAGUCACCAGGCGAGGAGUCAUCAGGCGAGUCGUCAUCCGGCGAUGAGUCAUCCGGCGAUGAGUCAUCCGACGAGGAGUCAUCCGGCGAGGAGGGGUCAUAUGACGAGGAUAGUAUUCCUCCUCCUGAUGUUGAUGCUGAUGUCGUGCCAGAGGCACAGGGUGGCGAGGAGGACCUGAUCCAGAGGUUGCCGCCGUUUCCGGGGGGGCCUGUUGAUCUGUCGCUUCUCACGCAUUAUGCUGAUCACAAGGCUCCCUGGACGUGGCAUGCACUCCUACGCACAGACGAGCGGUAUGUGGACCGUCGACACUUGAGGGUGGCCACAGCUGGGGGGAAGGUUUGGAACCUUGCUUGUGAUGGUGAUUCAGACAGUCACAGGAGGGUUCGAGAGUUGAUUGAGCAGACGGGUCUUCAUCAGCUACCCUGGUGCAGCUACUCGGAGACAGAUGCAGGCCUCAUUUUGGCCCUUGUGGAGCGAUGGCAUGAGGAGACUAGUAGCUUCCACAUGCCGUUUGGGGAGAUGACCAUCACCCUGGACGACGUGUCGGCUCUUCUCCAUCUCCCAAUGGGGUCGAGGUUCUAUACGCCUGGGAGGGGGGAGAGGGACGAGUGUGCAGCGCUAUGUGCUGAGUUGAUGGGAGGAUCUGUUGCUCGUUAUCAUGCUGAGUUUGAUAAGAACAGGAGCCAGACUAUUCGCUUUGGGGUCUUGCAGACCCUGUAUGAUGCUGCGUUGGAGGAGCACCGAUAUGAGGACGCUGCACGGAUUUGGCUGGUGAACCAGCUAGGCGCGACGCUCUUUGCUAGCAAGAGCGGUGGAUACCACACGACCGUCUACUGGAUAGGUAUGUUGCAGGAUCUCGGUCGAGUGUCCGAGUACGCGUGGGGCGCAAUUGCGCUCGCUACGUUGUACGACCAGCUUGAUCGAGCGUCCAGGAGGGGGACGGCCCAGAUGGGAGGUUUCAGCUCACUCUUGCUAGGAUGGGCCUACGAGUACCUUUCUGAUCGCGUCAUUAUCCGGAGGGCGGAUCCGGAGUACUCACAGGACCAGCCUAGGGCGCGGCGGUGGGUUAUGUCCCGGGUCGGGCAUGCAGGCCUCGAUGAGAGGCGAGUCAUGCUCGAUGAGCUGACGGUGGAUGACAUUAUAUGGACCCCAUUUGAGGACCAUCGGGCUCAUCGACCACGGGAUCAGAGGGCCAUGUAUUCUGGCUACAUCCGGACGCCAUUUGGCCGUGUUGUUCGACGACAUCUACCAGAGAGGGUUCUGCGCCAGUUUGGCUACAUCCAGGAUGUCCCUCGACACCCCUCCGAGAUCCAGACGACUGGGUCCCUUGCUGAGACCGCAGAUGCUGCCUAUGCUGAUUUUGUGCCGCACCUGCGCCCUCAGGGGAUCCCUGUUACUCAUUCGGGAGAGGCUGUGGAGGAGUACAUGAGGUGGUAUGGCGGUGUGUCCCAUCGGUUCAUCAUCCCUGAUGAUAGGAGGGAGGAGUUCAGUGCUGUGACGGUUGUGCGUCGGGUCGUGGACUUGUUGGAGCAGUCACUGGAGGUGCCAGAUGCUCUUGCAGUUGGCACGCAUGCCCGAUCCCUCACUGAGAGGGCGCUGGAUCUUAUUAGAUCCAGCGCAUUCAUCGGUACCCAGGGAGUAGCCUUUGCUGCUGUCCGAGGAGCUGGAGCUGCAGGAGGCAGAGGUCGUGGAGGUAGAGCGCGUGGAGGCAGAGCCCGUGGAGGCAGAGCCCGUGGAGAGGGUGCACCUGCAGAGGGCGCUCGUGGAGGCAGAGCUCGUGGACCUAGAGGUCGGAGGGGUGGCGGUAGGGGUCGGGGCGAGUGACUGUAUAUUUGUAUAUAUUUUUUUGUGUACUUUUAUAUUAUGACAUGUGACGACAUUGUAUGGACUCUU